AUGUUGUUUAAAAAAAAGAUAUUUGCCGUUUUACUAUUUUUGGCAAUUUUGGGCUUGCUUUAUAAGGGCUCUGAUAAAGAGAAAGCCUUUGGUCUUCACUUUACUGCAAAGUUUACCCCAGGUGACAUCCUAUCUGUUGGAAAUGGCGUUAUGUUUGUAGAGACCACAGACAGGAUGGAGCCACCUCACCUAGUGCUGUGUUCUAUUGAGUCAGCAGCUCGUGCUUACCCUGAUAGACCUGUGGUUUUCUUUAUGAAAGGUUUAACAGAGAUAAAUUCAGAAGAAGAUGAGAUUCAAGCAAAGAAACAUUUCCCAACUCUUUUGUCUUAUGAUAAUAUUCACCUUUAUCCCCUCAGAAUGGGUGUGUUGCUCAAAAAUACACCACUUAUUUCCUGGUAUGAAAAGAUUAAACCUAAGAAUGAAAUUCACUGGACUCAUAUCAGCUCAGAUGCAUCAAGGUUGGCUCUGAUUUAUAAAUUUGGUGGCCUUUAUAUGGACACUGAUAUGAUAUCACUGCGACCUGUUCCAGAUAUUAACUUUCUAGCUGCCGAGAGCUCUCAGAUCUCUAGCAAUGGGGUUUUUGGAUUUGCUUCUCAUCAUCCAUUUAUCUGGACAUGCAUGGAAGACUUUGUUAAAAAUUAUAAUGGAGCUAUUUGGGGACAUCAAGGACCAGCCCUCUUUACUCGAGUUCUUCAGGAACGUUAUUGCACAUUAUUUCCAUUUGAAGCUAAAGAAGAUAUUUUGUGUGGAAACAUCUCAUUUUUAAAUCCUGAACGAUUUUAUCCAAUCCCAUGUUCAUCCUGGAAGAAGUACUUUGAAGUUUGGGAAGAGCUUCCAGUGUUCAAUGAAUCUUACGCAUUGCAUCUCUUUAACUAUGCAAAUCGUGAUGAGCAUAAGGUAAUGAUUCCCGGAAGUAACACAUUGGUGGAACAUCUUUACCAACAGUACUGCCCUGCCACUUAUCAAGCUGUUCAGGAAAAGGAGCAAUCAACUUAAAAAAAUUCAGUUCUUUGAAAAAAAUAUACCUCAAAGUUGGAACACAAUUAAUGGGGGACAGUUUUCUUCCUUUAACAGCGCCCAUGGUGUCCCAUUGUUUUACCCUCUCUGC